AUGGCUACUAAAGCAACAACAAUUAAAGAAGCCAUAAAGCGAUGGGAAGAAAAAACUGGCCAACAAGCUGCAACAGCCACAGAAGUCAGUCUUAUAUUUCAAUGGCCUCCUAUAGAAAAGAUGGAUAAUUCUUUAUCCUGUUUAUCAAAUUGCGAGAAAUUGAGUUUAUCAACAAACAUGAUUGAAAAGGUCACCGGUUUGAAUAGUUUGAAGAAGCUUCGAAUUUUGUCUUUAGGAAGAAAUUAUAUUAAAUCAUUCUCUGGCAUGGAACCAAUAGGAGAUACGCUUGAGGAGUUAUGGAUAUCUUACAAUUUGAUAGAAAAAUUGAAAGGUGUCAACGUUUUAAGGAAUUUGAAAGUAUUGUAUAUGAGUAACAAUCUAGUGAAAGAAUGGAGUGAAUUUAAUAAGUUGCAGGAGUUACCAAAUUUGGAAGAUUUAUUGUUUGUUGGCAACCCUCUAUACGAUGCUUGUGAACUUGACGUUUGGCGCGCAGAGGCGGCGCGAAGAUUGCCACAGCUUAAAAAACUCGACGGUGAAACUGUUCUGAGAGAUGAUGAACCUCCUUUGACUGUGGCUGAUAUGCAGCCUGACGGAGGCGAUGGGGUAGAAACCUUGGUUAGCGCUGAAAAGAAUGACUAACAUUGUUUCCAAAUUAGAAACAUUUGAAAAAAAAAACUAAUACAAAAAAAACUUACAAAA